CAAAUUAAAAAAUGUACAUAUAAAAACAAAUUAAAUCAUGAAAUAUGGCUGAGUUGUUUCUUCCUUUUACAAAUGAAAUAGAAAUAAAAGAGAAAUUCCCAUUGCAUUUGUGUGUAUGGAAUAACAACACUAUUGAACUAGAUAAUUUAUUAAAGUCAAAACUGUAUAAUCAUGAAGCUGUUGACCCACAUGGAAGAACACCUCUCUUGCUUGCUAUAGCAUUAGGUCAUACUGAUGCAGUGAAGAUUUUACUUAAUCACAAAUGUGAUGCAUCAGCAACUGAUAAGCAGGGUUGGAAUGCAACUCAAGAAGCUGUUGGAACUGGUGAUCCUGAGUUAUUAUCUCUUAUUAUACAACAUCGUGAACAUCAACAAUUUACUUUAAAAUCUGGUGGUAUUACUGAGAUUCUAGAAUUAUUAGAAGAGGCAGAUGAUUUUUAUGUUGAAAUGAAAUGGGAAUUUUUAAGCUGGGUUCCAUUGGUAUCAAGAAUGUGUCCUAGUGAUAGCUACAAGAUAUGGAAGAGUGGCGCAUCAGUUCGUGUUGAUACAACAUUAGCUGGCUUUGAUCAUAUGAGUUGGCAGCGCGGAAACAAAAGUUUUAUUUUUAAAGGAGGAGCUCGUUGCAGUCAUUUUUAUGAUAUUGAUCAUGAUACUAAGUCGUAUUGGAAAGAGUCAAUUAACAUAAGAGAUGAAUCUGUUAAAUUAUCUUCAUUGCGUCCUCCUGCAUCUGUAAUUAACACAAGAUUAAAUUCAGCAAAUGUGACUACUGUUCUUGAUCAUGAAAAUAUCAGUUUUACUAGGCAGAAAGGGUUUCUAGGGUUUGGUAGUGACAAGAUAGACACCAUCAAUGGUUAUCAGGCCAAAGUUUUUGCUGUGUCAGGUGUAGAAUUAGUAACUAGAACUCGUUUAGAACAUCUUACGCAAAGUGAUAUAGACAGGAUACAAGAUGAACGACAACAGGCUGAGUCACGAAUGCUAUCUAUGUUAAGUUUUAUUCAUAAAACAGAGACUGAAGAGUGCCCAAAUUCACCUGAUGUUAAAGACAUUGAUUCAAAGAAUCCAUAUUGUAUGUCAAUAGUGGAUUAUUUUAAUCCAAAACUUCACCCAAAUAAAGAUGUUGGCAGACUACGAAAAAUGACUUUAGUUAGUCAGAAAUUCUCGGCUACACUUGCACUUUCAGAUACUUUUCCUUUAUCAUUGCAAGAUCAAGUUCUCCCUGUAAUUAACCUCAUGGCGCACAGUAGUUCACAUUUUGCUAAGUUACGAGAUUUCAUUGCUCUUCAGCUACCAGCAGGUUUCCCUUUAAAAAUAGAAAUCCCCCUGUUUCGUGUAUUAAAUGCACGUGUUACUUUCAACAAUUUAAAUGGUAAAGAAAAUUGUCCUGAAGGAGUUAUUACGCUAGAUGAAAGUAAACCAAAUGAUUCCGUCAGUUCGGAUUAUGUGACAAAAUGUGUAAUUGACAAGUCAAUCUUUGAGGUUUAUAGGAACUACAGAGAUAUGGGAGUUGACACAUCUUUUCACGAUACUUAUGAUCGAGAAGAAGACGAAGAGUUGUUACAGCUAGCUAUUCAGCAAAGUCUUAUAUCAACAGAUCCGUUUGAUAAAUGUGCCCGAUCUGAAGAAUUGAAUCAAGACUAUCAUGAACUUCAGAGUAAUGAUGCCACCCUCGACUAUUUACGUGAUAAUGAUGACGAGCAACUAAGAAAAAUUCUUGAGUUGUCGGCCAAGGAAGACAAUUUGAUUGACCAACAAAUAAGAGAAGAAGAAGAGGAGCUGCAACGAGUUCUAGCUCUUUCUUUGAUUGAUACGUAGUUUUAUAACCUGAAUUUUUACAAGCAUCUUUUUAUUCGCUUAUGUUGCGAUGUUGACGUCAUAUUAUAAUUAUAAUGAUAUUGCGACAA